AUGUCAGCUUCAGCUAAUACAGUAUACGGUGGAGACGAAAUAAAUGCCAUUGUACUAGAUAUUGGCUCUUUCAAUAUCCGUAUAGGUUAUGCUGGUGACGAUUUCCCCAAAAUCAUAACACCUUCCUAUUAUGGACAAUUAUCCAAUGGCACCAAAGUGUUUGGCGAGGGUAUCAAUGUCCCACGUUCAGAACCAUUUGAAAUCAAACCUAUGGUUAAAGACUCUUUAGUUGUUGAUUGGAACGCUGCGAUUGAGCUUUUUGCUUAUUAUUUUAAGCAAUUGAAGAUAGUGGAAAAGGAACAACCUAUACUAAUCACUGAACCCAUAUGGAGCACUAACGAAUACAGAACGAAAUUGAUUAAUUCAAUUUACCAAAAGUUUGAAUUUCCCGGAUUGUAUUUGGCCAAAGUCCCCUCGUGUGUUAGUUUCCAACAAGGAAGAGCCAAUUGUUUAGUUGUUGAUUUGGGUCACGAAAGUGUUAGUGUUACCCCUGUUGUUGAUGGUAUCUGUCUAAUCAAAAGCUCAUUGAGAACCCCAUAUGCUGGUAAGUUUUUGAAUCUGAUUGUUGAAGAUUAUAUCGCCAAAGAAGGCAUUGCUGUCGAACCAAGUGUAUUUAUUAAAAGUAAAACGGCUACAAAAUAUCCUGAGGAGAAGGAAGCGAAAUUUGAGUUGAAGAGUAAUGUUUCCAAUGUUAGUGAGCUGUUUAAACAGUAUCAGUUAGCUAGAAUAUGGCACGAGUUUAAGGAAACUAUGUUGGAAGUGCCAUCUCAGGAGGCAAAGAAAUUACUCGCCAAUUCGGAAUCCUCCUCGUCCGAUUUACCCGAGUUUUCCAAAAGAUCAUUUGAAAUACCCACUGGUCAAUCAAUAACACUCGGUCAAGAACGAUUUGAAAUUGCCGAAACUAUAUUUGACCCCAGUUUUUAUAAAUUUGAUAAUCCAGACUUGCAACCACCACCAUCCAAUGGGGAGAUACCUGGAAUAGAAUUCAAUACAAUCAAUGAAUACCGGCCAGUGAAACGUCUUCGUAAAAACGAAGAUGGUGAAGAUGGUGAAAACAGGAAGAAUGAGGUACGCGGUGUCGCGCAAUUGGUUUCACAAGUCAUUUCAAUAAUAGAUAUAGAUUUACGAGCUUCAUUGGCAAAUAACAUCAUUGUUACCGGUGGCACAUCAUUAGUUACGUCACUUACGGAACGAUUGUACCAUGAACUACUGAACAACAACCCUGGUUUAAAGAUUAGAUUGCAUGCAGUGGGAAACUCGUUGGAAAGAAUCAACCAAUCUUGGAUUGGAGGCAGCGUAUUGUCUAGUUUGGGUACUUUUCAUCAAAUGUGGGUCAGUGAAAAGGAAUAUAAAGAGGAAGGUGCUGAAAGAAUAUUGAAUCAACGGUUCAGGUAA